CCGUCUCGUCUCACUGCCCGUCUGUGCUCAGCGGAAAGUCGGAAGAGGGGUGGACAGGCCGUCCGGUAAAAUUCAGCUUUAACAUUUAGUGAAAAGUGAGGAGAACGCCUCAGGGAGCAUGGCUAAGCCGCUGACAGACCAGGACAAGAGGAAGCAGAUCUCGGUCCGGGGGCUGGCCGGGGUGGAAAACGUUGCGGACCUGAAGACAAAUUUCAACCGACACCUGCACUUCACCCUGGUGAAGGACCGAAAUGUGGCCACCAAACGGGACUACUACUUUGCCCUGGCCAACACAGUCCGAGACCACCUGGUGGGCCGCUGGAUCCGGACGCAGCAGCAUUACUAUGAGAAAGACCCCAAACGUGUCUACUACCUCUCCCUGGAGUUUUACAUGGGCCGGACUCUGCAGAACACCAUGGUUAAUCUCGCGUUGGAGAAUGCCUGUGAUGAAGCCACAUACCAGCUUGGUCUGGACAUGGAGGAGCUGCAGGACAUUGAGGAAGAUGCCGGUCUAGGCAACGGCGGGCUGGGUCGUCUGGCUGCUUGUUUCCUUGACUCCAUGGCCUCUCUGGGUCUGGCUGCUUACGGAUACGGCAUCCGCUACGAGUUUGGCAUCUUCAAUCAGAAAAUUGUCAAUGGCUGGCAGGUGGAAGAAGCUGACGACUGGCUGCGUUAUGGUAACCCCUGGGAGAAGGCUCGCCCUGAAUACAUGCGCCCAGUCCACUUCUAUGGAAGAGUGGAACAUACAGCUGAAGGAGUGAAGUGGGUCGACACACAGGUGGUCCUUGCUCUUCCCUAUGACACACCAGUUCCCGGCUAUAGAAACAAUAUUGUCAACUCCAUGAGACUGUGGUCUGCUAAGGCCCCCUGUGACUUCAACCUCAAAGACUUUAAUGUCGGUGGCUACAUCCAAGCUGUGCUUGAUCGAAACCUGGCAGAGAACAUCUCUAGAGUUCUCUAUCCCAACGACAAUUUCUUUGAAGGGAAGGAGUUGCGACUUAAACAGGAGUACUUUGUUGUAGCUGCAACUCUUCAAGACAUCAUCCGUCGAUUCAAAGCCUCCAAGUUUGGCUCCACAGAGUUUGUGCGGUUGGACCUUUCUACACUGCCAGAAAAGGUGGCCAUCCAGCUGAAUGACACUCACCCUGCUUUGGCCAUCCCUGAGCUGAUGAGGAUCCUGGUGGACAUUGAGAAACUCACUUGGGAGAAGGCCUGGGACAUUGUGGUUCAUACCUGUGCCUACACCAACCACACCGUCCUUCCCGAAGCUCUGGAGCGCUGGCCCAUCGACCUCUUCAAAAACCUCCUGCCGCGACACCUGGAGAUAAUCUACGAGAUCAAUAGGAGGCACCUGGGGCGCAUCUCUAAGCUCUACCCUGAUGAUGUUGACCGUCUGCGCCGAAUGUCGCUGAUAGAGGAAGGGGACGUCAAGAAAAUCAACAUGGCUCACCUGUGCAUUGUGGGAUCUCAUGCUGUCAACGGAGUGGCUCGUAUCCACUCUGAAAUCAUCAAAAACACUGUGUUCAAGGAUUUCUAUGACGUGGACCCUCAGAAGUUUCAGAACAAGACCAACGGCAUCACACCCAGGCGCUGGCUGGUCAUGUGCAACCCUGGCCUGGCUGAGGUUAUUGCUGAGAGGAUUGGUGAGGACUACAUCCGCGACCUGGACCAGCUGAAGCAGCUUCUGGACUUUGUGGAUGAUGACGCCUUCAUUCGGGAUGUUGCCAAAGUCAAACAAGAGAACAAGAUGAAGUUUGCCGCCCAUCUUGAAGAGCACUACAAGGUGAAUAUCAACCCUAACUCCAUGUUUGAUGUCCAGGUGAAGAGGAUCCACGAGUAUAAGAGACAGCUUCUCAACUGCCUCCACAUCAUCACAUUGUACAACCGCAUCAAGAAAGAUCCCAACAAGUCAUGGACGCCCAGGACAAUCAUGAUUGGAGGAAAGGCGGCUCCAGGUUACCACACUGCCAAAAUGAUCAUCAAGCUGAUCACAUCAAUUGGAGACAUAGUCAAUAAUGACCCACUGGUUGGAGAUCGCCUCAAGGUUAUCUUCCUGGAGAACUAUCGGGUCACUCUGGCUGAGAAGGUCAUCCCUUCAGCUGACCUGUCAGAGCAGAUAUCCACUGCAGGCACCGAGGCCUCUGGCACCGGGAACAUGAAGUUCAUGCUGAACGGUGCCCUCACCAUUGGCACCAUGGACGGAGCCAACGUGGAGAUGGCAGAGGAGGCGGGAGAGGAGAACCUCUUUAUCUUUGGCAUGAGGGUGCACGAUGUUGAGGCUCUGGACAAGAAGGGCUACGAUGCCAUGUCAUACUACAACCGUAUCCCAGAGCUGAAGCAAGCAAUGGACCAGAUAUCAGAAGGCUUCUUCAGCCCCAGCCAGCCUGACCUCUUCAAAGACCUCGUCAAUAUGCUGAUGCACCAUGACAGGUUCAAGGUGUUUGCAGACUAUGAAGACUACAUCAAAUGCCAGGAGAAAGUCAAUGCCCUCUACAAGAACCCCAAAGAGUGGACCAAGAUGGUGAUCCAUAACAUUGCCGGCUGUGGUAAAUUCUCCAGUGACCGCACCAUUUCCCAGUAUGCAAGGGAGAUCUGGGGCAUGGAGCCCAGUCUGGAGAAGAUCGCUGCUCCUGACGAUCCUCGCUAAACCACAACAUCUGCCUCCUCCACCUCACUCUAGCCUACCAAGUGUUCCAACCAUAAGAGAUGAACCCUUUGGCUUUUUCACUGUGUACUGUGGCAUUAUUUCUUUACAUUACUGAUCUCCAUACAGCCUCUAUUACUUCCAGUUGAUCUUGCAGUAACAUGUAUUGUAAUGGGCUUAUUCAAUUAUCUGUAUUUGUUUUUCCUUUGUGCACCAGCAAUUCAUAUUGUCACUGCUGGGUGAAAACCUUGUAUCUCCACGUCAGCCUUUCAGCAGCUAAGAAACAGUCUGGAUUUCACCCUGGAAUCAUGGGAUUCUUCAGCUGGAGUGAAACUGUUAAGAUAUACUUCCGUGUUUUGUCAUAGUGCCCCGUUGUCCCCUGAUUUUCCAAAAUUUCCUCACCCCCGAUGUUUGGAAAUUCAAGAUCAAAACAUCAACCAGGAGUGGAGUUAAGAAGUUUUGAGUGCUACAUCAGGUACUGUAUCUUUAACCAGACUUGGACUUCCAUACCUUGGUUUUCACACAACAGUGAUAAUCUAACCACAGUUCUAACUACAUUCCCCUUGUUCUUUCAACCCCUAAUGGCCACUAAAACCUGGCAAAAAUGCCAAUAAACCUCAGAACUGUUUUGGUUCCAAACCAGCCCGUGUCUUCCAUGAGAGAGAGGGACCCACAGUGGUUAAUGUGCACCACAGCCUCAAAGCAGCACUGUAACUAGAUGGUUUCGGAAGGAAGCCAUGUCUCCAUAUUCACAGCAAAUUAACGCUCAUAUUACUGUUUCAUAUUAAAAGACUCCAACUGCUCUGUCAGUGUUUUUGAUGUUUGCUGAAUGUAUCCAUUUGUGUGCGUAUUCUCAGUAACGGUCAGAUGUAUUGACCCAUCAGUUUACCUGUGAUCUCCUCAGCAUGUUUGUGUGUGUCUCAUUAUGCUGUACUUUGUUCCUUAAAGUGGAGAAUAACAAAGCCUACUUUGCCUAAAACCUAAGUGACUGAAUUUAUCUUUGGAAGGUGUGUGUUUUCUGUAGUGUAGUUGUGUGUGUUUAACAUAAGUUGAUCAGUUUGAUUGAUGUAUUGUAACAGCAUAGUGUCCUGCAUCAGCUACUCUAUAUGACUGUCUUACUGCUGUGGUGCUGAAGAAGGAACUGUGCACUACACUAAACCUAAUAUUCUCACUGUUAGUCACUGCUUUUCUUUUUUAGUCAAUAAAUGAUUAAAGUACAUCAACAGCU